CGUGCCGGAGGCAGGUGGCGCGGGCGGCGGCCGCAGGCCGGGGGCGGGCGGCUCAGGGCCGCUCUCGCUCCGCCUCCUCCGCCGCCGCCUCCGCCUCGUCCGCCGCCGCCUGGCAGCGCGGUGGCGGCGGGCAGGCUCCGGCAGUGGCCCCGCAGAGCCGAGCCGAGCCGGGCUGAGCCGAGCCGAGCCUUCUGCGGUCGCCGCCCGCCCGCCCCUGUCGCGAUGUCGGGCGCGGCGCCCGGCGCCCCCAAGCCGCUGCCGUCCUCUGGGCCGAAGUCGCUGCGGGAGAUGCCGCAUCCCCUAGCCACAUCCAGCAGCGAGGAGAUGGGGCCGGCGCUCAGCCCCAGCCCCGACCUGCUGCUGCCCCGCGGCAUCGUCGACAAGGAUCUCAGUCUACCCAAUGGCACACCUGUUGACACAUCUAGCCCAGCUUCCUCCUCAUCUCUUCUCAACAGACUACAGUUGGAUGAUGACUUGGAUGGAGAAACUAGAGACCUGUUUGUUUCUGUCGAUGAUCCCAAAAAACAUGUCUGCACAAUGGAGACAUACAUCACAUACAGAGUUACAACAAAGACCACACGAGCUGAGUUUGAUUUGCCAGAGUAUUCUGUGCGCCGGAGGUACCAAGACUUUGACUGGUUGAGAAACAAGCUGGAAGAGUCUCAGCCAACACAUCUCAUUCCCCCACUUCCUGAGAAAUUUGUGGUGAAGGGUGUCGUUGAUCGUUUUUCUGAAGAGUUCGUGGAGACAAGGAGGAAAGCAUUAGACAAAUUCUUGAAGAGAAUAACUGAUCAUCCAGUGCUUUCUUUUAAUGAACACUUCAACGUGUUUCUUACUGCCAAGGAUCUUAAUGCAUACAAAAAGCAAGGAAUGGCAUUGCUGUCAAAGAUGGGGGAGUCUGUCAAAUACGUCACAGGAGGCUACAAAUUAAGAAGUCGUCCACUAGAGUUUGCAGCCAUUGGAGAGUAUCUAGACACAUUCUCUCUAAAACUUGGUACCAUUGACAGAAUAGCACAACGGAUUAUCAAGGAACAAUUGGAGUACUUGGUGGAAUUACGAGAAUAUGGACCUGUUUAUUCAACGUGGGGCGGGCUGGAGGUUGAACUAUCAGAGCCACUGGAAGGAGUGUCUGCCUGCAUUGGGAACUGCUGCACAGCUCUUGAAGAACUCAGUGAAGACAUGACAGAAGACUUCCUGCCUGUGCUUAGGGAAUAUAUACUGUACUCGGAGUCAAUGAAGAAUGUGUUGAAGAAGAGAGACCAAGUUCAAGCAGAGUAUGAAGCAAAACUGGAAGCAGUAGCCUUGAAAAAAGAAGACCGUCCAAAGGUACCCACAGAUGUUGAGAAAUGUCAAGACCGAGUAGAAUGUUUUAAUGCUGACCUGAAAGCAGAUAUGGAGAGAUGGCAGAACAACAAGCGACAAGACUUUAGGCAGCUACUCAUGGGGAUGGCAGAUAAAAACAUCCAGUACUACGAGAAGUGCCUUACGGCGUGGGAGUCAAUUAUACCACUAUUGCAAGACAAGUCAGAGACCAAAUGAGAAGUACCUUCAUGGACAGUCUAGCACCUCUGUGCUCAGUACCACUAGACAUACUAGAACUGUAUGAAGGACUCUUCUUUGUCACAUUAACUGAGAUGCCAGCUGUGCUGAAGCUGGAACAGACCCUCUGAAAACUAUUAUUUUCUUCAUUUUCUGUUUAAACUGGGGUAUGUUUCAUCUUUUAGAGUUAUCUUGAAUGGUUCCUUCUCUACCCUAUGGAGUGAUAUGGGGCUUAUAGUGAAAGUGCAUGGGGAUCAUAAAACUUACCUCUUUAGACUGGAAGGAACUGAUGAGUAGAACACUAAAAAGAUGAAAAUAAAACUCUACUGCAAGGUGCCAAAUGACAUCUUUAUUACCUUUCUACUUUGUUUGCCGAAAAGGUAAUUGUUCCCAUGGUACAGUACUCCCUAACGAAUCCUUAUCUCUUUUUUUUGGAUGGAGAGGGAAAGGCUGGUAAUGAAUAUUUUCUGGUUUUCUACCACCUGUGUAUGCUCCCAUUAAAUGGUUUCUGGAGACUUUUCUGUGUGGGAGUUGGGCUGGUCCUAGACAGAACAUACUGACACCACCUGCACAUAGCCUGUGAUACAAGCAUGAACUGUGGUUUUUGUGAGUGUGGCAUGCUGUUGGUUCAUACUGAAUAUCUUUGUUUACCUUGGUGAUUAUGAAGUAAUGUCAGUUGGCUGAAGUGCACUUGUGACCAACAUGGGGAUCAAAAUCAGCCUGGGUGUGGGAGUGAAUUGAACAGUGGCCUUUCGGGGCUUACGGGAAUGGUGGAAGCAAAUAAGAGAUUUUGGUAUGUUUUUUCUAAAGGUAGCUAUGGAGGUUGCAAGAUAGAAUUCUCUUGAACCAUGCUACAUUUUUCUUGUUUUGUUUUGUUUUUCCUGAACUAUAGCCUCUUUGAGCUUGGUGCCUGCUGUGGUAAAGAAGGUAGAACUGUUUUCUCUCCUUUUUUUUUUUUUUUCUUUCUUCAGUAGCAAUCAAAAGCCAAAAAGUUUCAAAUGCUUGCCUACACCAAGCAUCACUGUAUGUGUGAAACUUGCCUUAAACAGGUCCAUGGGGGUAGAUAGGUACUCUAUUACGUACACAUAGUGUCCAUACCUAUCUCUACUGAAACACAUGGCAAGUCUUUCAAGACUUCUUUUGGUACAGAUCUAUUUUCCUAGUAGUUUUUAUUGGCCCUUAGAAAUGUAACUGCUUCUCCAAGUCCCUUCUCUUUUCUCUUGCAGUCCAGUCUCAAAUAAAUGCCUGCUUAGUGAUAAUGGCCUUAGUAGAGGAAUGCUUCCAUGGUGGGUUUCAGAGUCUUGGUUUAACAGCACGCAGAUAAAACUCUUUUUAUCCAUCCAAAGUGAGGGAGCUAAGUGUAAUGAGGGAGCUACCAGUGUAAUGUUGGGAUUUGCGGGAAUAAAUAACAUUGAGCGCUUACUGCUACACUUGAGAGAUUACUUGGUCUCUGGCAAUGUUCUUGUGAAGAAUCUGAAAGGUGACUGGGUAUAUGCAACUUCUGUGUUCUCCUGUGGCUACCUGUCAGGUACAUUAGUCUGGAUUGCACUUUGUCCAUUCAUAAACACCAAGUCUACCUGAAACCUCCCUGCUCAGCAUGGUGGCUCUACAGCAGCUGUCAAGGUGAGUUAUUGGUGCAAUGUGGUUACCGUCAGGCUACUGAGGUAAUACCCUCCAGGUGCAAAAGUCAGGUUUAAGACAUUUAAGGGUUUUUCCUUUUUGACUCAACUUCCAUCGACAGUUUUCUAAUAGUAAACAAACUGUUCUUUCUGGUUUAAGUUCACAACUUAUUGACAUAUACUUAUGUAGUAUAACAGAUCUCUAAGUUGCUGUUAGGUUUGGAACAACUAACUACUGCUGCUGUGCAAGGGGAAUGCUUAAAGAGAUCAUCUUGAAGCAGUAACCUAGUGUCUUCCUCCCUUCUAAAAUAAGCACUUCAAAUGCAUAACACUUAACAGUUUGACCUUCAGGGUUACAUUACAGUCAAUUCCUGUCUUCCCUAUUUCCCACAAACAGAUCAUCAUGCUUUUUUGAGCUGGUGCCUGUGUGGUAAAUGAAGCUUUUCAGUUGACUCUGCAACAUGACUGGGAGUCAAACAAUGCAUAAUUUGAACUUGUAUUUAGAUGUUUUCUUCCACCUCAUCAAAAAUGUGCAAGAUGAGUGGAAAGAGUGUUGUUUUCCUGCAGGUGUAUGGGUUUUGUCUGAUAUCUUACAACACUGUCAUCCUGUUCCCACUUAGUGUUGUGUCAAACUGAAAUGGGGCUUCUUGGUUCUGGGGAAUUUAGGAGUGGACAUCACAGCUGUUCAUGAGAAGUACAAGGGAGAGUGGGGAGUUCCAAGUGAAGUUUACGUAAUUCUUACUGCUGGAGUGGUUCAAGAUCAGCUUAGAUUUUCUUUAACAUGAUGCCACUGUUAUGCUUUGUGGUUUCUAAACUACUACUAGACCAAAGUGUGUUUUGAUAUCAGAAAUCCCUUUCUGAUUGAGCUCUUGAAAGGCAGGCAUGCUUUACACUUUCUGGUUGGAGUAUGUGGCAUUGUAGCACCUACAAGCUAAUUUGGAGUAAAGGCUGGAACAUGCACCUCAGGCUGUGAUCACUAACAUAAUUUCUUGUAUUAUCUGGGAAAGUAGAACCUCUCAGACCUCUAUGGUGGAAGUGAAACUUAUGUUCAAAAGAGAAGUCCUCUGCAAGAAUUGCUGUAAUGUAAGAGGAGUGUGUAGGGGUGGGUCUUUUAUCUCCUAUGGGCCACUGUGGUGUCUCUGUAAAAGAAAGAAAUGUUGCUGUAAACUACAGGGUAACUGUGGAAGAGACUGAGGUUUCAGGCAGCAGUGCAGAAAGGGAGAACUACAAAAUAGCAGGAAACUCCUUAAAGAUGUAAAGAGUGCAUUUAAUUAAUUGCUGUUUGUGUGAGGUUGAGAUCUGACGUGUUGGUGAAACUCUGACAUGUUAUUGUGUAGUCCUUAUGUGGUGGGUGUCUCUCUCUCUGAAGGACCCAAACCUUUAUAGUGUGAAAAGUAAAAGAUGUUGGGGAAGGGAAGCAGGAGUAGGGCGGGAGCUUUAUCUUUGGGUAAUGUCUUGAGAGUUCAGUCACUUUCAGUCACCUUAUCUGCAUGCACUGAAAUCAUGUUAAAAGUAGUUGAACCCUUCCAAUGAACCUACAUAAGAUGAGGGUCCUUCAAGAGCCCUUAAAUUAGCCUCGCUUCCCUUGUAAUCCAUGCCGAACCAAGGUCACUCUCAGAGGAUGAAUAAUUCCCUGCUGUCCUGGUUACUCCUGCAUAACUUCUAGUACGUUUGUUUCUUCUCUCAACUGGCACCAGCACAACAAAGCAAGCACUGAGAUCUUGUUUUUGUACUCAGUAAGGAGCUGUGCAUUGUUCAUACAUGUUUUUAUCAGGUUCUGACUCUUGCAAUAAACAAAUGUUGAAACAUCAUGGCUUUUUCAGGUAUCUAUCGAAAAAUGAAAUGGUGUUAAGUGUUAGCCCUAAAGAUACUAACUCCUCAGACAUGAGUUUUAUCAAAGAAUAAACUAUGGAUUCUUCAAAGUUGUCUGCUUGGAUUUUUGUUGCACUGACACAUGCUAAGGGUAGCAUAGUGGGCUAAGUCAAAAAGAAACUUCUACAGAGUGGCAGAGAUGCUCCUGCAGAGGUGCUGUGGGGUAGCCUUGUGGCAGUGGCUCUGCACAACCUCUUCAUGGUGCAUGUUGCUUCAGGUUGCAUCCUGCAGAUGCCAGUUACAGAAUUCCCUCCCAGCACAACAGGGACUGAUCCUGUUGUAAUGGGAGGCAUGCUUUUGUUAAAACUUAGGUAACUAAAUUGUGUACAAUAUUAUAGAUUGUUUGAAAUAUAAGACACUGGUGCUGAUAACCACUAAGCAAAUGGUGUAGACAGGAGUAGACUAAAGUAGCUCAUUAGGUGUUCAGUCUUAAACUCUGAUGGCAGAACAGUCUUUUCCUUAGUAUGUUAGCCUUUUACUAAAAUAACCAAUAAGUAGGAAAAAUGGGAUCACUUUUCGAGGUAGAAGGCUUGCUUCCAAAUUUAUUUUGGCGAAGUAAAACUGGGGAUAAUAGGAAUGAACUUGCCUUCUGGGACUGUGAAGGUUGCAUUUUAAAGUUUCUGGGGGUGCUGCUUAACCAAUUAUAAAGAAUGAAGUGGUGAUGCUUAAUUCCACACAGCACUUCAGAGCCUUGCCAGGGUCUCUGAUUUGUACCAGUACUCAGUAAUGAACUGGGCUAGUUUAAGAUUGUAUGGCUGAGGCACAGAACUUAUCCAGAAGGUAAUGCACUUUCUGAAAAGGCGUAAAUAAAUCCUCUUAUGCAAGUGGUAUGCUAAAACUUUAAAGGCUGAUCACUGUCCUGGAUUACUUUGAAGGCCUUGGUACUCUACACUCUGAAGCUAAAUCAUUUCCUUAACUCUGCUGGUGGGUUAUGUAUCCACCUCUUUGGAUUAGGUAGCAGAGUUGGGGCUGAUGCCACUCUCCCACCACACAGGGGCACAGAUUGCUGAGGUCAGGCUUACAGCAGAGAACUGCCAAACGUUUUAGUCUUUAGCACAUGAAAAUAAGGGAGCACUGUCCUUGUUCUCCUUUCCUAUGUGAUGCAUUGAUCUGUCACUCCUCAAGGUUUGGAGACUGGCCGUGGAGGUGAAAGCAGUGUGGCAUUGACCUGGUUCCCGUUUCUCUCCUUGUUCAAGGUGUCAGUGCUGAUGAUUGAAAUGGUGCUGACUUGUUGUCCCAGCUGUAGUACUUCUGACUUGUGCAAGCCCAUGCACUGGAACAUGUUACUUUGCAUCCUAAGGUCACCCUUGUACCACCAAAAAAACAAACUGAAAGCUGUGAAAAGACAUGUCUCGGUGUGAGUUAGGUCAUUAAACAGUGUAAAACUUCGAGCAAGGCUCUUGUUUCAUGCACUCAACCAACUCUGACAGCUGUGCUCUCGUUCAGACUCACAGGUUAUGAAAUGUUGUCUUGACUUAUGGUGCUGGCAUGUUUCUAUACCCUUUCAUAUAUCUCUGUAUAGAUAUACUUUGUGCAUUGUUUACUAUGGAACUAGUAUUGAUGGAGAAAAACACUUUGAGGUAAAACUGUUUGUAAUUCUCUAUUCGUGUGUACAUUUUUUAAAAAAUGCACCAUUUAUUUACCUCAAUUAAUUUAAUGGACUUGUCCAAUAAAUGUAUUAAA